AAUUAGAGAGAGAGAGAGAGAGAGGAGAGAGGAGAGAGUGAGAUAUGGCAGCUGCAGCUGCCGUGCACGGCGGCUACCUCCCCUCUAAAUUCCGGGAACUAUCGGCAACAAUUAGCAAGAGCGACCGGAAGAGAGUGACACGAAGACCACCACCACCACCUCCAAUAUUCAUAUCCACAAACCCAACUCACGUAAACCCUAACCACCUCAGAGACCUCUGCAGCCUCUCCAACCACUCUUGCCACCGAUUCCCCAACCUCGACUCGGCCGGCCGAGUCGAACCCGUCGACCUCGACAAGCUCCGUAUCGCCCUCUCCCACAGCUCCGUCGUCGUCUCCGUCUUCGCCAAACCCGAGGUCGUUUCAUCUUACUCUUCAUCUUCUCCGGAUUCACAAAAAAAGUCGUCAUCGUCGGAAAUUUCGAAUCUUGUGGGCAUUGAUUGGUUCCAGAGAGUGAUGCCUGUGACGCCGUCAAACGGUCGGUUGGUGGGCUUUGGCCGAGCCGUUUCCGAUUGUGGAUUGACUGCUUCAAUCUACGAUGUCAUGGUUAUUCCUGCAUUACGAGGCAUGGGAAUUGGCCGGAUGGUAGUUAAAAGGAUUAUAAGAGUGCUCACAAGUAGAGACAUUUAUGACAUAGCAGCCCUCUGCUCAGACAAGGAGAGCUCAUUCUUCGAAGCAUGCGGAUUUGGGGAUGACAUCUUGGGUUCUACAACGAUGAUGUAUGGUAAGACUGUUUCUAGCUCCCCCAAAAGUGAUCAGAUGGUCAGCCGCGCUGGUCGAAGGCUAUUGUUAGCUCCACCACCGAGAGGACCUUCUGCAUCAUGAUCUCUAAUUAAUCAGCGUGUUUCAGCUGAAGCAGCCUUUGUAUGCAAAGAUAAGAACGCUUUUUCGGGGCUCAAAAGGAAUGUUUUACAUCCACUCUCAACAGAAACUAGAAGGCAAAAGAGGGAGGGUGGAAACCUGAUGAUUUGAAGAUAUAUAAGAGUGCACCUGAUGUAUAAUAUUUACCUUCAAAAUCUAGCUCUUGUAAUUCAUGUAAUUUGAACUGUAAAAUGAAAUUCUGAAAAUGUCUGGUUGGACCUUCAUUUGUUAAGAGGCAUUACAAUUAAGUUGGCAUUGUCCAUGCCCUGGAUUUGUAAAUGACCAUUUAAUUAUUUUCUCAUACUGUUAUGGCGCACAAUUUUGAUUUCUAA